GUGAAAAACGCGCGAAUUUGGAAGAACAACGAAAUGCAAUGAUACAUUGUAUUUAUUACAAUAUUAAGUUAGAUAGGAAAGAAAGGUCGUACUGGAAAGGUGUUUGCUGUAAUUGGGAAGAAAUAAGAACGAAAUUCACUCAAUACAUCGAUUUAAAAUAAAAGUAUUUGUGCUAUAGUAAUUACUAUAUGAAAUACUAUUGGUAAAUAUAAAGUUAGAAUGUUGGUUUGUGAACAAAUAACAAUGUCUGUGGAAAGUAACAAUGUUGGCGCAGGCAGCCGUACCUGGGCAGAAGAAGUUGAUGCAGAUUCAAAAGGGGCAAUUAAUAGCAGUCUAUCUGAUGCGAAUGAUUCACGCCGCGACAUUUCUUUGGAGUUUUUGGAUGGUGUAAAUGAGCAAAAAUUUGAGAAGCUUGUAAAAGAAGAGAAAUUAAAGACACCAUUUAAAAGGCGUCAUUCACAAACUCCUAGUAUUGAAAGCCGUUCGAAUAGCCCAAACAGCAGUUGCGGAAGUAGCAGCAAUGAAGGUGAUAAUAGCGGACGCUAUUUUAAUAGUCGUAAAAACGAAAAGCGUCCUAGACAAAACAGUUUCACUUCAUCAUCUUCUUCGUCAUCUUCAUAUGCUGAAUCCGACCCAUCAAUUCUUUCCAGACGUCAGAAGCAAAUUGAUUACGGUAAAAAUACUGUGGCUUAUGAACGUUACAUUGAGACUGUGCCACGUUCAGAAAGAACUCGUGACCAUCCCCGCACACCAAAUAAAUAUGGAAAAUACAGCAGACGUGCGUUUGAUGGUCUUAUUAAAAUAUGGCGUAAGCAGCUGCAUUACUAUGAUCCACCAAAUCCAAAGCAAUCAAAUAAAGAAGCAUCUCAGAAUAAUUCUAGCUCUGAUUCGGAUUCCGAAUAAUUAUCACCACAAUUCUAUUUUUAUAUAAUUCUUGAGAAGUCGUCGAUACUAUCAAAACUGUUCUCUUAUUUUUUAGCCUUAAGUACACGAUGAGUAAAGCUACUUUAUUUUUUGCGUUGUUCAAUAUAUUUAAUUGUUGCAAAUAACUUGUUAAUUUUUACACCACUACUGAAUUGAUUUAUGAUAAAGUUAUUUUAUGCCUCUAUUUUUAAAACAAUUUAUACUUAGUUGAACGUUUAGUAUAUUAUAAUGAAAUCUUUAAAAAUAUUUCAUUUAACUGAAUUCUUGUAAAAAUAUAUACUAUAAUAAUAUAAAACGUUAAAGCACAGAAAAUGAAAUUUAAUAAAGCAUACAUUUCCUUGAA